UCUCAGGUGACGCUGUGUGCUGUUGACGCGUCCAGGUGAGUUCCUGCUGGCGGACAUGGGGCUGGUCUACUCUGAGCCGGCCUGUCAGUCGGCGUAUGACGGAGACGUCCAGCAGCUCUACCUCCUCCUCAGAGACGACGUCCAGCAGCUGGACGUCCAGGAGAAACACAACGGGGACACGCCGCUCAUCGCCGCCUGUCGCCGUGGAAACGUGAAUGUGGUCAAGUACCUGCUGCAGAACGGGGCAGACGUCCAUCGGACCAAUCAGAAACAGAGGACAUGUCUCCAUUAUGUGUCAAAGCGAGGACUCUCUGUGCUCGACUACCUGAUGAUCGCCAUCCUCAUGCCCAUCAUGCUGCUGGGAUACUUCAUCAUGUUACAGAAGCAGAGGAAGAACAUGUCUCUGAUGACGGCCGUGCUGCACAGCGACGUCAGCAUCGACGCCGUCGACUACAAGGGAAACACAGCUCUUCAUUACGUCUGUCAGAGGAAAAGUCAUCGUCUGGUUCCUCUGCUGCUGGAGAAAAACGCCAAAACCAACAUCCAGAAUAAGGACGGAGAGACGCCGCUGGACAUCGCCACCAGACUCAAGUUCAACAAGAUCGUCAACAUGCUUCAGAAGAAGCGCUGAGACAUUUAAGUCUCUUUUUGUGGUAAAAAUGUAAUUUAAAGAUUUCAUCCUGUUUCCAAAACAAAUCAACCAAAAUAUAUUUUAUAUACAGUACAGGCCAAAAGUUUGGACACACCUUCUCAUU